AAAUGUCUUCUAUAUUCCAGAGGUGCAGCAGCAGCAGCAGCAGCAGCGGGUCCACAGAGCAGUAGCUAUAGCCCGUCCUCUCCGCACGCUAGCUCUAUGUAGCUAGUGGAGCUAGCAGUACAGAGGUUGGUGUAAACAUGGCGGCGGACGGGAUGGUCCUCACCAACCACGACCACCAGAUCCGAGUCGGGAUUCUGACGGUCAGCGACAGUUGCUUUAGGAACUUGGCAGAGGACAGGAGUGGCGUCAACCUCAAGGAUCUGGUCCAUGACCCUUCACUGUUAGGAGGAGUUAUUGCGGCCUACAAGGUUGUUCCGGAUGAGAUGGAUGAAAUUAAGGACAUUCUUUUGGACUGGUGCGACGAGCAGGAGCUAAAUCUCAUCCUCACUACUGGAGGGACUGGUUUUGCACCGCGAGAUGUCACUCCAGAGGCUACCAGGGAGGUGAUCGAGAGGGAGGCCCCUGGGAUGGCCCUGGCCAUGCUGAUGGGCUCGCUCAACGUUACACCGCUGGGCAUGCUCUCCAGGCCAGUUUGUGGUAUCCGUGGCAAAACUCUGAUCAUCAACCUCCCAGGUAGCAAGAAGGGCUCCCAGGAGUGCUUCCAGUUUAUACUGCCCGCCCUGCCCCACGCGGUCGACCUGCUGCGGGAUGCCUUGGUCCGUGUCAAGGCCACGCACUCGGCCCUGGAACAGCUGCCCUCGCCGCCGCCCGGCCUCUCGCAGCUCACCAACUCCCACAACGUCAACAACGUCACACACACUGUGGAGCAGGGGACCCAGUGUGAGGACGAGGACGAGGAGGAGGAGGAGGAGGAGCGGCGGCGGCGAGGAGGAGGAGGAGGAGGAGGAGGAGGAGGAGGAGGAGGAGGCGGGCGACACGCUCACAACCACCACCACCACCACCACCAGCAGCAGCAGCCGCCACUGCCGCCACAGCAGCCGCACCACCACCACCACCAGCACGGCUCCUCCCACAUCACUGCCGCAGCCAUCGCUGCCAAGACCAGUCAUGCUGUGGUCAUGGCUAAGGGGGCACCCUACCUACCCGGCACCACCCCUGCCCCCCCUGCUCAUUUCACCUGCUCCUGUAGCCAUGACGACCAGAUUCCGGACUCCAUCAUCUCUCGAGGCGUUCAGGUGCUUCCUCGCGAUUCCGCCUCUCUGAGCUCCACUCCCUCCGAGUCGCCACGGGCAACGCAGGCCACCUCCCGUCUGUCCACAGCCUCCUGCCCUACGCCCAAGGUGCAGUCGAGGUGCGGCAGCAAUGAGAACAUUCUUCGAGCCAGCCACAGUGCAGUAGAUAUAAGCAAAGUGGCACGACGUCAUCGUAUGUCUCCCUUCCCGUUGACAUCGAUGGACAAAGCCUUCAUCACGGUUCUGGAGAUGACCCCCAUACUGGGAACGGAGGUCAUCAACUACCGAGACGGUAUGGGUCGAGUGCUUGCUCAGGACAUCUAUGCCAAAGACAACCUUCCUCCGUUCCCGGCCUCUGUGAAGGACGGUUACGCCGUACGAGCUGCUGACGGCCCAGGUGACCGCUUCAUUAUGGGAGAGUCCCAGGCUGGCCAACAGCCCAGUCACACGGUGAUGCCGGGCCAGGUGAUGAGAGUGACCACCGGGGCUCCCAUCCCGUGUGGAGCAGACGCUGUGGUGCAAGUGGAAGACACCGAACUGCUGCGCGAGUCUGAAGACGGCACAGAGGAGCUGGAGGUCAGGAUCAUGGUGCAGGCACGACCUGGGCAAGACAUAAGACCAAUAGGUCACGACAUCCGGCGAGGGGAGUGUGUGUUGGCCAAGGGCACCCACAUGGGCCCUUCCGAGAUCGGACUCCUGGCCACGGUUGGCGUCACCGAGGUCAGCGUUCACAAGUUCCCCGUGGUGGCCGUCAUGUCCACUGGCAAUGAGCUGUUGAAUCCAGAGGACGACCUCCAUCCAGGGAAGAUCAGAGACUCCAACCGCUCCACCCUGCUGGCCACUAUCCAGGAGCACGGCUACCCAACCAUCAACCUGGGCAUCGUCGGAGACAAUCCGGACGACCUGCUGUCGGCUCUCCACGAGGGAAUCAGCCGUGCCGAUGUGAUCAUUACCUCAGGGGGGGUGUCCAUGGGCGAGAAGGAUUAUUUGAAACAAGUGCUGGACAUCGACCUUCACGCUCAGAUCCACUUUGGGCGCGUCUUCAUGAAACCAGGUCUUCCUACCACAUUUGCCACAGCAGACAUUGAUGGAGCACGGAAACUCAUCUUUGCUCUGCCAGGAAACUUCAGCUUCAGAGACUCCGGGCCCCCUCUGCAGGAGGCUGCAGCUGUGAGCGAGAGUGAGGCCAAGCAGCCACUGUCCCAUAGAGGAAGUAACCCGGUGUCUGCAGUGGUGACUUGUAAUCUGUUUGUGAUCCCUGCUCUGCGGAAGAUGCAGGGUAUUUUGGACCCACGGCCUACUAUAAUUAAAGCCAGGUUGUCUUGUGAUGUGAAGCUAGAUCCCAGACCAGAGUACCAUCGCUGCAUCCUCACCUGGCACCACCAGGAGCCACUGCCCUGGGCCCAGAGCACAGGUAACCAGGUGUCGAGCCGGCUGAUGUCCAUGCGCAGCGCCAACGGCCUCUUGAUGUUGCCGCCCAAAACGGAGCAAUACGUGGAGCUCCACAAGGGAGAGGUCGUGGAUGUCAUGGUGAUAGGACGGCUAUGAUGUUACGAUGUCACUCGCUACUGAUUUACCUCGGCAGCGCCAGGACUUCCUGUCCGGACAGGGUAUCGGCAGCAGGAGCAGGAAGUGAUGCAUGUCUACCGGGUCAGCAUUAGCUGUGAUGUCAUAUGCAACAGCCAAUUAGAGCCAGGGAAGGGUACAGAGCCCUGGGUUCUGCUGCCAGGAGAACACUGGACUCAAUGAAGAGAAAAAAUAUAAAAAAAAGAAGAAAAUAUAUGAAAUGAGAUUUAUUCUGUAAUAUUAUUAUUAUAAUUAUCCUGCAGAUAAUGGUUAUUAAUAUUCAAAAUUAUUAUUCUAUUAUAAUUAUUACUAUGGUUAAAACGAUCAUCUCUGUUGUCAUCGUGACCUUCCCUGAAUCAUUGGUACGUCCUUGUAGAUAUCCAUGUGGCCCUCCCCACUUCUUAUAGCCCUUGAUUCUUCACAUCUCCUUAGUCUUUCAUCUCCUUCAUCACUCGCCGCUCCCUGCCCUCUUCCUCCUCCUAUGUUUUUCCUGCUUUUAUUCUUAUUCCUGCUGUUUAUACUAUUCAUCCUGCUCAUUUUCCUUACCUUCUGUCCCAGUCUUCUCUGACAUCAGGGACUUCGUUCUCCCGCUCAUAUUGGCAACACUGCCAUUCCAUCAUCCUAUUAAUGUUUUGUGUGUGUGUGUGUGUGUGUGUGUGUGUGUGUGUGUGUGUGUGUGUGUGUGUGUGUGUGUGUGUGUGUGUGUGUGUGUGUGUGUGUGUGUGUGAAAAAUAUAUCCUGCAACACUGUUAACCCUGACAUUACAAUCACAUUCAGGUGCUCCUUGUAAGCUCGCUUGCAGCUUGUAAACUGACACAGGUCAGCUUUCAGGUGGUUGAUGAGGUCAAAGGUCGAGAGGUCACCGUAAAGUAGACUAUUUCGCGCAAAUAAACAUGUUUUUUAAUGUACAGGAAUAAAAUAGCCCUUCUGGUGAGCAGAAGUAUAUAUCAGGGGUUGAAGAUGAGAUCAGACCUUCUAUUUUUGGUGGUUGGAUAACGGAUGAGGAGCGGUUCUAGAGGGGAGAACCUGCACUAGUGGCAUUGUCAUGUUCGCUCUCUCGCUUCUAGAAGUUGACAUGCUUGGUGCCAAAAAAACCCAGUGUGGGGAGGGGGAUGAGACCCAACCCGACCCUUGACCUUCAACUUAAAGGGUGUGAUCAAAUAUUAAACCCAUUAAAACACACCCCUGCUCAUAACUCUUCCCAUGUACCCAUUCCCGUGGAAGGGAGGAACGUUUGGGCACAGCUACUAUUGAAACGGGGUACGUGUUUAACGUUGUUUAACGUUGUUUAACGUUGUUUAAGAUGGGCUCAUCAUUCACUCAUUAUAAAUCCCUGUGCCAGAGCAUGGGUUUUCCCAAAGCGGGUGGACUUAAGGGAGGCUGGUGGGGAAGGGGGCAUCUCAAACCAUUUUCAUUUCAUUUGAGUAAAAAGAAGCAGAUGAUUUGAUGAACUGCCUUUGUAUUGACUUAUUAUCAACACUGAACUCGGUGUCACUGCACAGACUUACAACAUUAUGACCAGCACUUGUAACGAAGCAAUGCCACAACAUUCUCCUACUAGUACUACUGGAUAGAUAUAUAACGAAGAGGAUGUUUUUCGUUAAUAUUAUUGAAACUGAAGAUGAAUUAUUAAAGAUGCUCCAGAUUAUUCUCUA